AUGGAACUAAACCCAUACCACGCGAAGGUGGUGGAUGUGUCCUCUGGAGAGGUGUUUCCUCUGGGGGAUCCAGGAGAGCUGCUGAUCAGAGCUUACUCUGUUAUGCUGGAGUACUGGGACGACCCAGACAAGAGCAGUGAGGCUAUCACCAAAGACCGCUGGUACAGGACCGGUGACAUAGCCAGUCUGGACAGGUUUGGGUACUGCCGUAUAGUGGGACGUAUAAAGGACAUGAUCAUUCGUGGAGGAGAGAACAUCUACCCUGCUGAGAUAGAGCAGUUCCUUCACACCCAUCCCAAAGUACAGGAGGCCCAGGUGAUAGGCGUGAGAGAUGAGAGAAUGGGGGAACAGGUGUGUGCCUGUAUCAGACUGAAGGAGGGACAGGACUGUAGCAGAGAGGUGAUCAGAGACUUCUGCAAGGGACAGAUUUCUCACUUCAAGAUCCCCCACUAUGUGGUGUUUGUGGACAGCUAUCCACUGACUGCCUCUGGAAAGAUCCAGAAGAUCAAACUGAGGGAGGAGAUGGAGAAGAAGCUGGGCCUGUGAUGGACAGAGGGACCUAG